UUUUGAUAAAUAUACAAAAAAAAAGUGAAGUGAAUAAAAAAAAAUUAAUAACGAGAAAUGUUUGGUCGCAAUAAAAAUACAACAAAAAAAUAAAUAAAUAAAAAAAAGCAUGGAAUUCGACCGUUUCAACCAUAUGUGACGAAAAAAGUAUAUCAUAUUCAUAAUUUCCAUCAAAUUUAUCAGAGCAAAAAAUUUGAAUAAUAUUCACAACAAUCGCUAAAGUAUUUAGUAGCGAAAAAAAAUUAAUGAGACAGAAAGUCAAGGAUAUAAAAAAAUAAAAUAUAAAACUAUUCAUGAGUGUUUUUUCGUAGAAAAAUAUUUACACAUGUUGGAUAUUUUUUAAAAGCAAAAAUUUAUUUCACCAGAAAUCGAUAACGGAAUUAAUUUAAAAUAAAAUUUUUAAGACAUGCUGAAACACGUGCAAGUCUCUCCCAUCCGAAGUCGAGCGGAUUCCCUCUCAAUUCGUUCGUCCACAUCUUGCGCCUCAUCAUUAUGCGGAAGUCCCGAACCCGGAUCAGAGCCACCAGAAAGCCUCCGUUCACAUUCACGCGCAUCCAGUUACUCCAGUUUAAGUGAACCCGUGCCUCAAACAACACUCAAGAUUUACACAGCUUGUUUGCGACAGGACAUUGAAUACAAAACACUUGGCGUUUCGUGGGACACCACGAGUCGGGAAGUUGUACAACAAGUUCUCAGAAGAUGCAAAAUGAAGCACCGUGACCCUCGUCUCUUUUAUUUAUCAAUGGAAAUAACUGUAAGACGACCAGCGGUGAAGACUUUAUUAAUUCUUGACGACAGUGCGAGACCAGCUUUGUUACAAGCGUGUCAUCCAAAGGGUGAUUCAAGAUUUUGUUUAAAAAUGAAACCCGGCGGUCUAAUUCGCGUUCACACAUCUGCCCUUCAACCCACGUCGCAAUACAAAAGUUUACUAAUUUCCGAAGAAACAUCCGCCGACGAGCUACUCAGUCUUUUGUUGUCAUGCUACAAUCUUCUGGAGCCCGUCGAAUACUAUUCCCUGUAUGAAGUUUGCACCGGUCAAGAAUAUCAACGGAAAUUGCACCCGGAUGACUUGCCACUUCGCGCUCAAACGCAACGGCAACAACGCGGCGAAGUUUGUCACUUUCUCGUGCGAAAAAAUCCCAAUUUAUCGAGACCGCUCGUGCGAAAGCAACUUCUCACCACGGAUAUCGACGCUGCCAGCACAAAUAACAACAACAACAACACUCUCACCAAAUCCGAUAAGCUGUCGGGAUGCACGACGUGCGACACCACACCCGUCGAAUCGCGCGACCAAAAUACCCUCACCAAAAAAGUGACGCCCGAUAAUGCGCGGAAAAGUUUUUUGCGGCAAUUUUUCUGCAACAAAUGCCAAAAUUCACUCAGUAAUAAUGCCGCAAGUUGCGAUUUUUGUCGCAGCAAGAAGCCCAGUAGUGCGGUGUAUAAUCCCGUUUACAACAUCCGCGAAAUCCCGAAACACAAUUUUUCCUCGCUCGGUAUCGACAAGAAGCUCAUGGAAGCGGCGACACCGAUCCGAUAUGGAAAUAACGCGAAAAACGUUCAAGAGUCCAAAGAACAAGUUAACACGAAUCCGAGCAAGGGAUUCGGAAAUUUUGUUUACAUUUAAAAACUUUUUUUUGCACGAGGAGGACAUUGUCCGAUUAUUUUCAGUCAUUACGAGUUUGUGGAUUUUUUUUUUCGUAAAUCACAAUCGUCACUACUAAAAAUGUUAGAUUUUAAGGAAAGAAAAUUUUGCAAAGAUAUCUUAAUAAUUUAUGAAUUUUACUAUUAUUUUAAAUUGCGUACGUUUUAUAUUUUAAAUAUUUUUUUUAUUAUAUAUAUUUAUGAGUUUUAAGGCAGAAAUUAUGCAAAAUUUUAUGACAACAAGAAAUAUACCAAAAAUAUUAUAAUUGUUA